ACAAGAUUUGUUUAUUUGAGGGUUUGCGGAGAGAGAGAGAGGGAGAUAGAGAGAUGGGGACUUGCUUCUCUUCUGAUUGCUCAGGGGAGAAGGCAUCUCCAGCAGGGAAACAAGAAGGUGAUGAGAACACGGUGUAUGUGGGGCUAGAUGAUGAAUUGAGCCCUGGCGCCAAGGGGAGAAGAAUUGCUUCCCUGUAUUCUCUCCAAGGGAAGAAAGGCCUAAACCAGGAUGCUGCUAUCCUCUGCAAGGGUUACGGAGAUGAAGAUGGCCUGUUCUGCGGGGUAUUUGACGGCCAUGGGAGAAAUGGCCACUUUAUCAGCAAGUUCGUCAGAGACUACCUACCUUCCCUGACGCUCGGCGAGCGCAAUUCCCUCCAGCAAGCCAACGAAGGCAGCAGCAGUAACACAAGCUCGGUCUCGUCGUCGUCGUCGUCGACGGAGAUGCUCGACGAGUGGAAUGAGGCUUGCGUCAAUGCGUUCAGGGCGAUGGACCAAGAACUCGUGCUCAAACUGGAAUUGGAUUGUACGUACAGUGGAACUACAGCAGUUUCCAUCAUAAAGCAGGGGAAAGAUCUAGUCAUUGCUAAUCUUGGGGAUUCGAGAGCAGUGUUGGCGGCCGUAUCCGAAGACGGCCGCCGCCUCGAGGCACUCCAACUAACUACCGAUCUAAAGCCCAGCGUCCCACAGGAAGCCGAGAGAAUAAGGAAGAGCAACGGCCGUGUGUUCGCGCUCAAGUCUGAGCCCCACAUUCAGCGCGUGUGGCUGCCCGACGAGAACUACCCGGGGCUCGCCAUGGCCCGGGCUUUCGGGGACUUCCACCUCAAGAAAUACGGCGUCAUCUCCGUCCCUGAAGUCUCGCGUUACAACCUCACGCACAGGGAUCUCUUCGUAGUUCUUGCAACGGACGGGGUAUGGGACGUGCUGACGAACGAAGAGGUCGUGUCGGCCGUUUGGUCGAGCAGCAGCCACGAGGAGUCGUCGAGAAGGCUGGUGGAAGUGGCACGAAGAAGGUGGAAAUCCAAGUUUCCUUCGGCAAAAGUCGACGACUGCACUGCUGCUUGCGUCUUCUUCCAGGAGAGAAGAGAGGGCCUUCUGCUCCCACAAACUCUGUAGAGAAAAAGAGGAGACGGCGACGACGAGUUAUGCAACUUCUGCCGUAGUCUUCGAACAUGCAAAUCAUUUGAAUUUUUAUUUUUGGGAUAAUUUAGAUGUUCAGACUUCGCCAAUUAAUUUUACAAGUAGAUGAUUUUUUCUUGAUUUA